AUGAAUAUCAUAUGUGCCAACAAAUUGGACAGCAAGAUCGUCCACUUGCCAACACUACAAACGAGCUUCUUCCAGUUCAGAGCCAGACCAUUAGUCCGGACCAUGACAAAAGCGCCGGUUCAGAAUACGAAGAAGCACAUGCCAAAGGGUGUCAAAGCGCUGCUGCAGCGACGAGUGGUGGACCUGAGCGCGGCUUACGAUCACAAGAUCAAAGAAAUCCGUCGAGGAUCUGGAUCCGCGGUUAUCGUCCCUGCGUGCUUCACAGGCCCCGGACACUGCUUUCCGUCUCGAGAUCAAGACUUCGCGAUGUCAGCAUAUUACUAUCCCUGUCGCGGCAGCCUCGUCUUGCCACAAAUUCAGGCACAGGUGGAUCAUAUCAUCACAAACGCGACGACGCUUAUAUAA